AAUUAAAAUAUCUUAAUAUAACAAAUGGUAUACUAUUUGAUUGGUGCACCUCAUAAGUCUAACGAAUAGUAGGCUUGGUUGGAGAUGGAAAAGCACGUUCUGACAUCUGGAAUAUCGAGAUAAGCUAAAGGAAGACUUUUGUAAACAGAGAUAGGAAAAUUCAAGUUGGGAAAUUUGGAUCACUUAAUGUUCAUCAAUGAUAGUUUAUUGAAGUAAGACUCAGUAGUGGAGAGUUUGUUAAAGAAGAUUGAAAGAUAGUAUUUGGAUGUGACAGAGAAGGUUAGUUAUGAUUUCGUAAUUGAAUUGAAAGAAGGUCCAUGUAUGAUAAGAAAUAUUAUUCUUAGAGAGUAUUGAGAAUUUCCUAUUCUCAUUCAAAUGGAAUGACCAAACCUUCCCAAGAGCAUCAGCAUUAAGCGAAUUAGUCAAGGCAAUUUCAUCGGUAUAACAAUUUAUUUAUGCUGAUUAGAGAGCUACACAUGUGGAAACAGAUUUGAGAUAAAAAUCAACAAGUUAUUAAGAAUUGAAGAAUCAAAGUUAAUAAGUGGCAAGGAAGGAAGGAAAUUUAUUGGUUAAAGACUUAGUUGAUGUCUUAAAGGAACCAAUAGUGAAACCAAGAGAUUUCAUAUACAGCGAUUAUCUAACAACUUUAGUGGCUAUUGUACCAAAGACAUAGGUUUAAGAAUGGUUAGCUUGUUAUGAAUUUUUAUGUGAAAAUGUUGUGCCUUAAUCAGCAAGGUAUUUAUUAGACAAUUAAUAUAUAGAUAAUUCUAAAUUGAGGAUAAGGAUAACUUAACCAUAUGGAGAGUUGUGAUCGUAAAGCAAUCUUUCGAUAAGGAUCAUGACCUUGAAGUUGUAGAUAAAGAAGAAGAUGAUAAGGGAAAGAAGUAGAAGUAAACUUCAGUUGAAGAAUUCAUUUAAAAAGCAAGAGAUAAAUUGAGAAUCACUGUUAAAGAAUUUGAAUACAAAUCUUAAGAAUCUAAAGAAAGGGAAAAAUUGAGAUUAGAUCUCAAAUCUAAAUCCGAUCAUAUGAAUGUAUCUAUAUUUAUAUAUAAUUAUAUAGACUACAUUGAAAUAAGCAUGUGAAAAAGCAUUUAGUGACUUAUAUAUUACAUAUAUUCAUUUGAAAGUCCUCAGAUUGGUUGUGGAUAUUGCUAUGAGAUUCGGAGCAGCUGAACCAAAUAUUUAAUGCAUUCUUAAAGUAAUAUUAGAUCCUAUUAUUUUAAUUAGCCAGAUCAAGGAAAAGAAAAGAAGGUUCAAUAAUCCCUUUUGAAAUUGUAUGCUGAUCCUUCUCAAGUAGGAUUAUAUGGAACUAAGGAAGAAUUAGAAGACACUGAAGAUUUCUUCCCAUUUGUGUAUGUUCCAAUUAACAUUCCAUGAAUUCUAAUUUUUAGGAAUAGAGAUUUAUCCAAAUACAAAAACAAUUAUUUCCA